UGACUUUGGUCAUGAUUUUGCGUCUAGUUCAUGUGUGCAUGGACUGAAAAGUUGCAGGCAUGUCCCUGCUACUAAGUCAUUCCUACUCUGACUCAUUCUCCCCGGUGUAGCUGCUUAUUGCCGUCAGAUGAAAGUCAUGGAUGUGUCCUGUGGGAUAUCCCUGAGAAUUGGAACGAUACAUAGAAGGAUAAUUAGCAAAUGGCCCCUGUGCAAUGAUGCAUAAAUCGAGGCAAGAAGGAGAAGAAGAAGCUAUGGCAGAAGAAGAAGAAGAAGAAGAAGAAGAAGAAGAAGAAGAAGAAGAAGAAGAAGAAGCUAUGGCAGAAGAAGAAGAAGAAGAAGAAGAAGAAGAAGAAGAAGAAGAAGAAGAAGCUAUGGCAGAAGAAUCAGCAGCUAUGGCAGAGGAAGAGGAGGAGGAGGAAGAAGACAAGGACGAAGCAGCAGCUAUGACAGAGGAUGAAGAAAAGGACGAAGAAGAGAACGAAAAAAAGGAAAAAGAAGAGGGAGAAGAGGAAGAAGAGGACGAAGAAGAGGAAGAAGAAGAAGAGGAAGAAAAAGAAGAAGAAGAAGAAGAGGAGGAAGAAGAAGAAGAUGCAAUGGUAGAAGUCAAAGAAGAAGAAGAAGAAGAAGUUGUGGCAGGAGGAGAAGAAAAAGAAGCUAUGGCAAGAAGAAGAAGAAGAAGAGGAAGAAGCAUUCCAUAGAGGGAGGUGAUAAUAAUGCCAAUGAGAAGAAGAAGCAAUGUCAGGAGAAGAAGAAGCUGUGGCAGAAGGAGAAGAAGAAGAAGCUAUGGCAAGAAGAAGAAGAAGACGAGGAAGAAGCAUUCCAUAGAGGGAUGGGAUAAUAAUGCUGAUGAGGAUGGAAGGAAAUGGAGGCGAAGAAGCAACGCAAGGGAAUGCUCGAGGGAACUCUGGAAACAAAAAGCAACGUUCAAAGGAACUGUGAAAACAAAAAGCACACCUUAAA